AGUGAACAACGUUUUCGAAAAUAAUCGUCGAUCGAGUUGCUUUGACAAGAAUCUAUAUAUAAAUAUUUGUAUGGAAAUUGAAUGAACAGAUCGAGUGUUCGAAAUAUGCAUGAAAAAGGAUAAAAUUCUCGUUGGGAUUCUUCCGUAUCCGAAUCUUUAAUCGAAGAAGAUUAUACUAUAUGGAAGAUGAAAAAUAUUCGAAGAAUCGUUAUGUUGGAAAGACAUUAUAUUUACUCUUAACGAAAUCGCAUGGAAUUCAAAGGAGAUUCCAAAAUUUUGGGGAAAAACAUGGACAAUAAACAUGGAAUUGGCGAAAAGAACAAAGAAAAGAAGCGUGUGAGGAUGCUGGAACGACAGGAUUCCACUUGCACCGGUUAAAAUGAAUCGCAGGGAAGACCCGCUGUUGCGGCAGCAUCGCAACCGCUUGCUGCAAUUAGCGGAGGUGACAAACAUCAAGCCUGGCCGUGGCAGCGGGAAAAGACGAGGCCAGAGGCAGUCGUACGGUUUCGGACCCAGCAAUGGCGGUUCGAGUACCGGUAGCCGCAUUACCCUUCAGGAUAUCGUGAGAAGUGAUCCUGGAUACACGCCAAACAUCGAGCAUUUAGUUUUCCCGGAGCGCAAAAGCAGUAAUCCGAAUCUGGCCAAAACAGCCGAGGAAUCGCCGCCAAACAAAUCCAAAGUCAAUGCAACCACCUCGGGAAGAUCUAGGCUCGCUGAAGUGUUCUCCAGGCAUUAUUCGAGAGGCUCGUCCCAAGACUCUUCUGUUACGUCCAGAAAGAAUCACUUAAACAGCACGUCACUGGACAGCGGAGGGACGGUGGUGGUGUCCCAUCAGGCAACAGGGUCGAGCGUAUCAACGGUGGUGACGAGAGGCGGCGGUCGUCGUUGGUUGUCGCAGAGUUCGCAAUCCUCGAGGCAACAUUCGGCCGAGGACGGGGUACGUGGGGGCAACGUGGGCGUCAUAGGGCCCGUUUCGACCUCGUCCUCGAGCCAGGCCCCUGCUCCCGCCCUGCCACCUCGUAGAGUCAGUCCAGCCGCGAAUUCUGCCGACAUCUCGAAUACGGCCACUGGCUCCCGCGGCGACAGAGGUCAAAACGUGUCGAUCCUGCAUCUGCGCAGCACCUCGGAUCCUUGGGAGGUCGGUUCUCAGGGUUCUUCGUACAGCGUCGGUAGCAAUAAAAGUCAAAGCGGAGGCAAAGGAAAAUCAAGUGGAAACGCCCGAGGCUCGUAUACACGCGGUACUUCAAUACCAUCCUUGAAACGGCACGAUACAACGGCAUCGGCAGCGGCAUCGACUUCCAGCCUAAAGCAACAUCGGCAGGACAGCCAUAGUCAGGUGACGGGUUCUCGUCGUCGAGAAUCCUCGAAUUCGUUCCUGUCGGGUAACAGCGGCACUUCCGGCGAACUUUUCAUCAGCGGAGAUUGCAGCAGGGAAUUGUCGCCGGUCCGAUGGUGCGAUAGAGAAGUGGACGGGGUCUACCUUGGUCGAUCCGGUUGGGUUCAGGUGCAGCAACGAUCCCUGGAUGAGAAUCGGCGGACGAGCUACGAGAGUAGCCUGGUGACGGCGGCCACGGGCACUCUCCCGUUACCGCGACGAGCAACGGUAAAAUUGGCCGAUUAUCAUUGCAACAGCGAGCCAGGCAAAUGCCCGGAGGAAUUCUUACGAUUGGACAGCCAGAGGCCGGACUAUUUGGCCCUUCACGGUCAAGAUUUCGAAUCCGUGGGGAGCAGCGCUUGCACCUCGCCCCACAGUAUCCCGGAAUCGUAUUCGCCGCCCUCGAUCACCCCGAUAAUAUCCCCGCCACCGGCGUUCCAGGAUGCGGUCGGGAAGAGAACCUCCUCCAAACAUUCUUCGGGGCGCAACAAUUACGGGAAACCGCCUUUCCUCCCUCGAUCCAACGCCAUAGUGGACAGUGAUAUCAUCAGCCCUCCACCUUCGCCCCCGCAUCAAGUCAAUUGGAGUUCCUUGCCGCCCACGUCCCGAAAAUCCUCGAGCACGCCGUCCAGAGCUCGGAGGCAGAACAGCGGCGGUCAACAGCAGCAGCAGCAACAACAGCAGCAGCAGCAGCAACAGCAACAACAGUACAGAAUGGCGCAAGCCAAGUCGUUGGAGGAUCAGUCUUCCUCGAGGAGGUCGCAAUUCGUGCAACGUUAUCUUGAAUCGUCGAGCUCGUCCUCGUCGUCGGUCGGUUUCAGAAGUCUGGAUAGUUGCGUGACGAGAUCGACUAUGCCCAGAUUGGCGGAGAACACAGAUUCCUCGGUGGAAGGGUACGACGACGGGGACGACGAGGACGACAAUCCGAGCUCCUCGUUGAAUCUAAGCCUCGUCUCCUCCUCGAUAAUAGCGUUGAAUUCGUCCACGGAAUCUAUCCGCGCCAAUGGGGAGAGGAUCUCGCCGAACAGGCAGAGCCGACAUCACAGGAGUCAACAGGGAUUAAGAAGAUCGCCGGGAUCGUCGGAAUCCGGCAAGUUGUCGUUCAACUCGCCGUCUUCCUCCUCCUCGUCGUCGAGCAGCACGGACAGACAGGGCAGAUCGCCGACACCGAACCCUUUCAGACGUAGCAACGCUUCUAGGCAACAUCAGAGCGCGAGGACGACUCAAGCGUCCCCGGAUUCUCAUCAGUCGCGGGUGAGAAGGUCGAGAAGUCUUCAAUUGCCGGAGAAAAGGUCUCCGAGCGCCGCCGCGCCAUUGAACAGGGAACAUUCGAGGGAAUCUAACGAGCCCCACAGAUUGGUUGUGAAAAUUUCCAGCGAUCGAGGGAACGAGAGGAAACGUCAUGCUCUUCAGAACAGAAAAGCGCAGUCAACCGAGAACGCGUUGAACGAGGAGUUGCUCCGUGAGACCGAGGCUGUAACCGAGUUCCUUUACGGUACGAGGAGCCGCGCGAUAGCCAGAAGCCUGCUGUCGUGUCGCUUCGAGCGUCGCGAGGAUGGCCAGGAGCAAAGGCAGAGGAGUAAUCCCAACACUUACGAUGUUUACUUUAUCUCCUCUAAACACCAGCAAUCUUCCAAAUCCACCGGAUCGUCCAUGCAACAACAGUCGCAGCAGCCACAGCAGCAAACGCAACAACAACAACAACAACAACAGCAGCAGCAGCAACAAUCGAGGCGACCUAAAACGCUUCAAAGGGGAGCAACGACCCCGAAUGCGAAUCCCGCGAACCAUGACUUCUGCAUCAGUCCCGACACGAAGUUGCGCUGCAACAGCAGCACGUGCGAUUUCUGGCCGCAUUGCUCGCAGAGAGACACUCUUUACUCCCCCAACCAAGCUCCGGUAUUCAUGAAGUUAUCCCAGAGUUACCCGGCUCAUCAGAGGCUCCCCACGGACGCUGGAAGCAGCCACGCGAGCAGAGGUAGCGCCAGCUCGUCUCCAGCAUCGUUGGAGCGAAUGGACGAUCGUGAAUUUCGCGAUCGUGACGCGUCCCGAAAGAAUCGGGCUACUCGUGAUCGGAGUAACAGCAGCGCGGCCAAAUAUCAGGAGAGGCAACCGAAGAGCGUGUUGAAACAGUCGAGUCGAUGGUCGUCCCUGGAAGGAUCUAACGGGAACGGCUCGAGCGUGGAUAAGAGGGAAUAUCAUAGGUAUUAUCAGAAAGCGGAAUUCAGUUCGGGCAGUUUCGAGGGUUGUGAGAGCAAGGAUAGAAAGGUGUCGCCGGUUCAAGGGAAGAAUAUAGCGAGUAGAUCGCCGAGCGGCCACGCAGCGUCCUCCUCGGCUACCUCGUCAUCCUCGAGUAGCGACAUUUGGGUGACCACGUCCGAUCGAACCGUGACCAAGAGUCCGAGGAAUGCGAAGAGCUCGGGUGCGUCAACUCCCAUGGAGGAUGCGGUGAUUGGUUCUCUGAAGACGUUGAUGGAGCCGCCGAAAGAUGGAAUGCUGUCCAGGCCUGGAAGCGCUCCAACGAGGGGUGAGGAUACUCUGUCGGCGGACGGAUCCUUGGAUCCUCAUCAGCGGUCACUAUCGUUGCCUAAGUCCUUCUUGACGCACAACGGCAAUAACAAAGGAGGAUCCUGGCAGCGUGGGCAGAAUUCCCAAAGGUCGAGCCCCAGUCCCAGUCGACUUCACCACACGCAGGAAGCGGCCACGCCUCACACAGCUCCUGUUUCCCCGCUACACGAUCAACGUUCGAACGCGUAUUCUGGAAAGGAUAGGAGACGGAUUCCUGGGCUGAGCAAGGCGCAGAGGCGUAUCAAAGCGUCGAGCACGCCUGCGCUUUUGGAUCGUGAUGUGGAAAGUCGACAGUGGUCGGGAGACGAAGAAGACGAGGGCACAACAGGUCACGUAACAACGGAACAUCCUCUGGCAGAGGCGACAAUUCCUUUGGUCUCCCAUUCGCGACUUCAAGAGCAGCCCUCUAACUUAAGUGGCAAUCUCGUGACCGCUUCUGGAACCCAGAAUCCUCCUCGUUCGAGCACGCAGAGCCAGCAAGAAAGCGUUCUGCAGAAAUUUAGAAAAAGUUUCUCCUUGAGGUUUCACAAAAAGGGCAGCAAGGAGAGCAACGAGAGCGAAUGUCCGGCCGAAGAUAACGAUGGAUCCGGACCUUUGGACGAGGAGGAAGAAAGGGAACCACCUACUGUGACUGAACAGACCCCUCAACAUAAAGAAGACACCAAUAAUGACCAGAAAUUCCGAUUCGGUCCUCUUGUAUGGAGAAGCAGUAAAGAGAGGAAAAAAGGCAGCAAGGCUGCCAGAAACGCGAAAUGCAACAGCGGAGAUAGUGGAAUACAGAUCGAGAUGGUAUCUGGUGGAGCAUUGACUGGGGGUGGUGGUGGUGGUGGAAUGAUGGGGGGUGGUGAUAGCUCCGAGUCCCACGACACGGAUGUCCAAGACGAGACGGACAGCCCGCCAGCCCUUCGCAGGCGAGUCGCCGACAAAUCACGACCCCAGUCCGAGCUCAUCAACCAGAUACUGAUCGACAAGUUUAAGGCGGAUCUUCAGAGUCGUACGUCGUCGAGGCACCAGCAUGUACGUAGAACGAACAGCGAUUUAGGAGGUCAAAGGUUACUCCAGUGGGAUACGAGGUCUGGUUACAGCCACGCGCACAAUUACCGCAGGAUGCUGUCGACGCCAUCGCCGAUCAAGACGAGGCCUCCUAGGCUGAGCCCGAGGCACUCCUCCCAUGACAUCGUUACGCUGAGAAGUAACGCGAAAGGGAGGAGUUCUCGGACAAAUUUGAGGCGUUCACUUAGUCAACCACUGGGUAUUAAUCAACUAUCACCCUUGAUGCGCACCAAAACUGCAGGCGCAAGGUUGCCCGGUGGAAACGUCCUGUCUGAGGAUGAACAGGAUGGAAGAGGUGGGACUUCGGAUGACGAGAUGAUGUCCGAUUCGGAAUCCUCCAUCGCCUCCUUGACGGAUAGAAAGAAAUCCUUCGAGCAGACGAUGGACGAGGAGGUUGUAAUCUUGGCUGAAGCUGUUUGGGACCACGUGGCGAUGGAACCAGAGGAGUUAGCUUUCCGUGCUGGCGAUGUGAUAGAGGUUUUGGAUAAUUUGGAUAAAGACUGGUGGUGGGGUAGUUGCAGAGGAGAGCAUGGUUGGUUCCCGGCUGCAUUUGUUAGGUUACGCGUAAGCCAAGAAGACACUGUCGAGGAUUGUUUGGCGGCGAUGGCCUCUGGAGGUACAUCGAAUCAACAAUUGAGAAGACGUACCAGUGUCUCGUUGUUAUCAAACGAGCAAGUUAGAACGAGCGUAGUUCGUGAACUGGUUCAAACAGAGCGGGAUUUCGUCAAGAUACUAAGGGAUGUUGCGGAGGGUUACAUAGCUGAAUGUCGACGACGCACGGAUAUGUUUACCGAAGAGCAGAUAGAAACGAUUUUUAUCAAUCUCGAGGAAUUGUUAGACUUUCAAUCUGAAUUUUUGAAAGAUUUAGAAACUAGGAUAGAUUGGAGUGCUCCGUAUAAGAGUUGUGUCGGUGAAUGUUUCCUAAAUCAUAGAGCAGGAUUUCGCAUGUAUUCAGAGUAUUGCAAUAGUCAUCCUAUGGCUACCGCCACGUUACAAGAAUUAUAUCAGCAUAAUCGUUACAGUAAGUUCUUUGAAGCCUGUAGGUUAAUGAGAGGAUUGAUAGAGAUUCCUUUGGAUGGAUAUUUAUUGACGCCUGUGCAACGAAUAUGCAAGUAUCCGCUCCAAUUGGCGGAGUUGUUGAAAUAUACAAAAUCUGAUCAUCCGGAUUACCAUAAAAUUCAGGAAGCCCUUGAAGCGAUGCGAGAUGUCGCCGUUCUGAUUAACGAGAGAAAAAGACGAAUGGAAAGCCUUGAAAAGCUGGCUGCGUGGCAGCUAAGGGUUGAAGGAUGGGAGGGAGAAGAUCUCAUAGAAGUUUCGUCCCAAUUAAUUUAUCAAGGUGAAGCUGUAAGAGUCACUACUGGCAUGUGGACAAAUAAUAUCACCCUCUUCCUGUUCGAUCAUCAGUUAGUAUAUUGUAAAAAGGAUAUUUUAAAGAGGAAUACCUACGUAUACAAGGGACGAAUUUAUCUCGACACAAGCGAAGUGAUCGAUGUUCCCGAUGGUAAAGAUCACCAACUGGGUGUAACAGUGAGGCACUGUUUAAAAGUGUACAGCUGUGUUCGAGAUAAAUGGUUGUUAUUCUGUUGUCGCACAGCGGAAGAGAAACGUCGAUGGUUGACAGCCAUGGCGGAGGAGCGAAGAUUGGUUGCACAGGACAGAAACGAUGGGUUAGAGUUUCCUGCUGCAGCGAGGCAACUAGCCAGACUCGCUGCAACGAGACAACAGAACAGACCGCCAAUUAAACCUCGCAACAAAACGUACAAAAGAGAGUCGGCUUACGAAAUGCCAACAAUGGUCGGGCAGGCCACGACAAACUCGUUAGGGCGUAAAGUUGGCACUUGGUUCACAUUCGGUAGCAGCAAGAAAAAUACACGACUUCAGCCGUCCUGAGACAGGCCUACCUUCGUGCCAUACAUCGACUUGUGAAAGUUUAACGAGAAGCGCUCGAUCGUUGCUUCGUAACUAUGAAUUUCGUUCACGCCGUUACUCGUGUGAGAAACUUUUCUUAAAAAAAAAGUUCCUUAUCAGCUUGAUUUAUUCGGAUUUUCUUCGAUGUUUCGACGUUCAAGAAUAUUCGAAUAAUCAAGCGAUCGAAUAUUUCGUUUUAAUCAACACGAAGGCAAACGAUAACAAGCGCUUAUCAUAUGUAUGGAACGAAGGUAUUUUAUUUAUAUAAUUGUUAAGUUUGACGUUUAAUCUGUCGAUAACAAUAAUAUCGAUACGUCCUGUUGACAGGAUAGUAAAACGCUACAAUUUUCACCAGUCCGAUUAUAUAGUAUUCUUGUUUAAUUUAAACACAUACAGUUCGAUAAAAGAAGAAGAAGAAGAAGAAAAAAAAAAAGAAAAGAAAAGUGUAACUUUAUAUCGUUGGCGAUAUUUAAUUUCACUGCCUCGAAAAAGAUUCUUCUACGCUUUCUCGUCUUAUAAUCACGCAUCUAUCAUGAAGUUUGGACAAGGUAUUAUCACUUAGUUGUUUCUAGAAAAUGAUAAACGUUGUUUGUUCAAACUAUAAUCGCCAGAAAUAUUAUAUUAAUUAAGCAUAAUUAUAAAUUUACGUAAAGGAGAGUAUGCGUACAAGCAACGUUUAUGAGAAUAUCUCAAGUGAAAUGAAGAAUAUUAGAAAGUUUGGAGAAAUAUGAAGAGAUCGAGCGGUUAAAAGCAAAGAAACAAGUAUCGAAGCGGAUCAAAUUAGAAAAUAUAAUCGAAGAAAAAAAGUUACAUAAAUUAGAAAAAUGAAUGCACUUAUUAUUAGACAUGUAUAAAUAUAUAUAUGUGUAAAGCCGUUAGUGAGCUUUUGCGGUACUAAAGAGAAAGUACUAGUCACACUUAUCAUGGAAACACAUGAAAGACCAGUGAUGAAACUUUAUCAUUAUUGAAAUGCAACCGCUUGUAUGUCGUGUACAAUGGAUUAGUAAUGGCCAUCCAUUUUUUAUGGUAAUAAAGACUGAUUGAGAAAUGUUUGUUUUCCAGAGAUUCACGAGUAAAUAGGUAUGAGGGAAGCACUGAGAGAAAAGUAUAGUAAAAAUGUAAUCGAAUUUCAACAUAGAUCAACUUAUAUAUAUAUAUUUGCAGUUUCAAAAUGAAAAAUCUUUUAAUUGUAUUUCUAGUUUGAUGACAAUUUAGAUAAUGUAUUUUAGAGUGCACAGUGAAAAAAAAAACAAUUGAUACAAAUAUUAUAUCUUGAAAUUUUCUCUCGGUGAAGCGAAACGUAUCACAUAUUCAUUAAAAAAAAAAAGAAAAAAAAAUUUUAAAUUGUUUCGCUCCUUUACUGCCUAAAAUUAUCAUCAUUUCAUUUAAAAAGCAGUAAAUUGUAAUACUCAUCAUAGUUCGUAUGAAGGUUUUAAAUUUUUAGUAAAUGGACGGAGAAUUAUAUUUCUACGUCAGAUAUAGAGGCGGACAGUAUUAACAAUAUAAAUAUCAUUAAACGUGUAAAUACUCGCACAUCAAAGCUUCUUUUCUACUGCUGCUUUAGCAGUUUCUAGUUUCUAAAGAGGAAAAAAGAAUCAUCUGAGAUAUCUUUCAAAUUUUUCUACUCUUGUACAGAAAAAUGUUACAGAGAAUAUCACGAUGAAAGCCAGGCAGCCAGCAAAAACCUCUGUGUUUUGUAUGUUAAAGAUUUAAUGGAGUAUGCAUACUGUCUGUAAUUCUUCAUCGCAUAUUUCAAUUAAUAUUUCAAAAAACUAAUCCACUACCAAUUGUGAAAGUUUUCAACACUGCCAAUAUGUUUAUUAGAUAUGUUUUUUUUCGUUUCUGAUAAUCUUUAUCGUUCUAACGAAUGUAUAAUCUUCAAAUUAUAUGUUUAAAAAAAAAAAUUAUUAUUCUCUGCCUUCGAGCGUAAUUUUACAAUAAAAAAAAAAGAAGAAAUAUUUGUAAAACAUAAACAAUACACAGAAGUAUAUUUUUGCUUAUUUUCUGGCAUAGUAUUUAGUAUAUGAAAAGGACAAUAUGAUAACAAAGUGAAAGAGCAAGAUUCCUACUCAAUUGUACAGAGAUCAUUAAUCAUUGAUGUGUAGAUUAGAAGCGAUACAUUUAUUGCUGGACCUAAUUCAUUUAAAACUUAUUUUUAUAGAAAUAUAUUUAUUUGUGCGAACGCAAUUUCUUUGUAAGCAUUGUUAUGUAAGGACAAUUAUAAUGGCCAAUGUAACUAAACAUAAAAAGAGAAAUAUCUACAUAUUAAUUAUAAAUGCUGAAAUGAUAGUCAUCAUUACAUUGCACAACUCAGAACUUUCAUUGAAUUUCACCGACAUCGAUAAAGAAAAAAAACUUUUAUAAAUUAUCAGAGUAAUAUUACAAAUAUAUGCAACAUGUAUUAAUUAUCGAAAAAAAAAAUGAACAUUACGAUAAUUUAUUCUUUGCAUUAUUGUUCUACAUAUCUUGAUAAAGACACGUAACUCAAUAUGUGAUGAAUAAUUCGGCGUGUAUUCUUUCUAUAUUUAUAAAUUAGAAAAUUUGUAUUAUUACUCUGAAAAUAUUAAAACAAAUUCUGCACAAAUGAUGUGCUUUGAAGCAAUAAUAUUAAUAAACUUUACAGUAAUGACAGUUUAGGCUGUUGCAUAUAUAUAUAUGUGAAUGCAUAUAUUGUCCCUUGUAAUAUUCAAUAUUAGUUGCACGUGCAUAUUAAUGAUUGACAUUAUUGUAUAUCAUUAAUAUACACGAACAUAUUACACUUUGAAAUAUUUAAAAAAAAAAAAAACAAUUGAUACGAUAAUGUAUUUGAUUUCGUGUAAAUAACUUAGAUACCGUUAUGAAUGUAAAUAUUGUAGAACUCGUCAUUAGUGAAAAUUUCAACAUAUUCUAGGCAAUAAGAAACUUUAAAAUUAAAUGAUAUAACUUUUGGAUAAGAUUAAUUAUUGAUUAAUAGCACAAUGUUUUGUAUAUUUGUAUAUUUAAUUUAAUGAUUUAAUAAUAAAUUACUCUCUUUGCUCGAUUGUUCACGUUAUAAAUAAUUAUUGUUUAUGAUAUGUACAGUUGAAAUUACAUAAUAUGUUUACAAUUGUUUUCAAAAUAUAAAUAUAUA